GCGCCGGCGCCGGCGCCGGUGGAGGCGACUUCGAAGGAGAUUCCGGGAUGAUGAGGACGGCUUCGGGGGGGUCGUUGCGAGGAGUCGGGGGCAACGCGUCUCGCAACCAGCGGCAGCAGCAGCACAGGGGGAGGGACCCUUGCGAUGACACCUACGACGACGAGGACGACGACGAGAGAGAAAGGGACAACGAUGACGACGACGACGACGACGACACGGGCUUCGACUCGGACACCAUGAGCGUGAUGGAUCAGGACGCCAUCCGAGCUUCCAUGAGGAAGAGAGGCGCCAGGGCGACGGCGGGGGCGGGGGGGAGGCGCGGCGACACCGUCGAGCAGAGAGCAAGGAAGCUGGGCAUGCUGUUGGAGCGGCACGACGAGUGGCCCGAUGGAAGGGAGAAGCGGUCGGAGCGAGCGAUUGUGAAGAUGGUUGUCGACAGCGGCCCAGCGCAGAUACGGGGAGUGACGGUGGGGAGCAAGGUGAAGCGGGUCAACGGAGAAACGGUCGAGGGGCUAACCUAUCAGCAGACGCUGGAGUGCAUCAAGGUGGGCAAUGCUGACGGUAACACGUAG